GCUGUCAUGCUCGCUCGUCGCGGUACCCACCUCCUCGCACGCUCGUCUAACCUACCUCGACGUACCCUUUCCACUACUCGUUCCCGCUCAGCCGUCUACAUCCUUCCUGUCGAUCCUCAGUCUCCUUCCUCUCCCGUCACUGACGUCGAUGCUGCAGCGCUCUGGAACUCUGCACCCGCUCCGAAAGACAAGAAGGCCGCCAAGGCAGGGACUACCCGCAUCUUCUACGACACUCCGAAUGGCGGGAAGGGCAAAGAUAUCACGGCGCUGACCAGCCUUGGAGACAAGUGGACGUCCAAGUCCGACGAGCAGAAAAGGGAGGUCGUUCGACGGGCAGUCGGGAGUGCCAUCAAGGCUGUCAAGGCACUCGGUGAUGGAGUAGACGGGGAGACGGUACUCGUCGAUGCGAGUGCGGACCCACAUGCUGCCGCCGUUGCCGCCAAUCUGGCUCUCUAUGACUUUACACUCAAGACGAAACCUCAAUCGCACUUCGAUCCGCGCAAUACCGGUUCUCUACCAGAGAGACUGGAGCUUCGGUCACUCUCGGAGAGCGAUGCGAAGGCAUGGAGCGACGGUGUCGUGUACGCGCGUGCUCAGAACCUUGCAAGGACGUUAUCCGAGCUGCCGGGCAACAUGAUGACACCUACGGCUUUUACGGAACGCGUGCAGGCCGAAUUCGCGGGUCUUCCGAACGUCGACAUAUUUGCACGCGAUCAAGAGUGGGCUGCUGAGAAGGGCAUGCGUACAUUCCUGUCGGUCGCAAAAGGUUCGUCGGAACCGUGCAAGUUCCUUGAGAUCCAUUACAGGGGCGCCGCAAGCGAUGUGCAGCCGCUGUUGUUCGUCGGGAAGGGUGUGACCUUCGACACAGGAGGAAUAUCAAUAAAGCCAGCUGGCGGCAUGGAGCUCAUGCGCGGAGACAUGGGCGGGGCGGCUGCGGUUUGUUCUGCCGCGCUUGCUGUUGCUCAGCUUAAGCUUCCAGUCAACCUGGUUGUUCUCUGCCCUCUCACGGAGAAUAUGCCUGGUCCGGGUGCAAACAAACCUGGCGAUAUUGUAUAUGCAAUGAAUGGGAAAUCCAUCCAGAUCGACAACACGGAUGCGGAAGGCAGGCUAGUCCUCGCGGACGCAUUGUACUAUGGCACGUCAACAUACCAGCCGCAUUCAGUUGUAGACGUUGCAACGCUCACUGGGGCAAUGAUGAUUGCGCUUGGUGAGGUCUAUACGGGGGUUUUCACGAACUCCGACACGUUAUGGCAAGACCUCGAGAAAGCGGGAAAGGUAGAACAUGACCUCUUCUGGCGGAUGCCUCUCUCGGAUGCCUACGCGCCGCAGAUCACUAGCUCGAACGCCGACUUGUGCAAUAUCGGAGGACGAUCCGCAGGUAGCUGCACGGCUGCACUAUUCCUGAAGUCCUUCGUCGCAGGUGUCGAGUCGUCGGAAGAGAGUGACAGCGAGCCAGGAGUGCGGUGGGCGCAUUUGGAUAUUGCCGGCACGAUGGAGAGUGCCCGAGGAAACGACUACCAAGGAAAAGGCCUCACGGGCCGACCAACAAGAGCGCUGAUCGAGCUCGUAAAGCAGUCUGCCAUUGCAUAACGCCCUUUCCAAGCAGACACCGCGUGGCGCCUUGCAUAAACGAAGUAUCUACGUACUACAUGUGCUCUUCAAUACACCCUUGGCAGCUUGCGAACCAUCCUUGGAAUGCGAACAUUGCCGAGGACAGCCAUAGUCGCACCGUACGGGUGGAUUGUCCACGUUUGUACAGCGUUAUUUCAUACUGAAUGGCUGGGCCUGACUAAGUAAACCCUCUGCGAUCGAACGAGGUAGACGAGGCACCGCGUUGUCUGCGAGCGCGCC